AUGAGUAUUGCCAAGGAAAAUAUCUCCCCGUCCAACACUCCAAUUGCUAAAUCACCACGCAGGAAUGGUCAGGCUAGUCGUUCACAAGUAAAGAAGUGGUCCCUUGACGAUUUUGAGAUUGGUCGCCCACUUGGUACAGGUAAAUUUGGACGAGUUUACCUCGCUCGUGAAGCUAAAUCUAAGUUCAUUGUUGGCAUCAAAGUUCUUAACAAAGCUCAGCUUCAAAAGGCUUCUAUUGAGCAUCAGCUCCGUCGCGAAAUCGAAAUCCAGUCUCAUCUUCGUCAUCCAAAUAUCAUCCGCCUAUAUGGAUACUUUUAUGAUGCUACAAGAAUCUAUCUUAUUAUUGAAUACGCUGCUCGCGGUGAGUUAUUUUCUAUUCUCCGCGAUGCAGGCAGAUUUGACGAGCAUACAGCAGCUGAAUACAUUGUUCAGAUGUGUGAUGCUAUUGAUUACUGCCAUUCAAAGCACAUUAUCCACCGUGAUAUCAAACCAGAAAAUAUUCUUGUCGGAUUGAACGGAGAACUCAAAAUCGCAGAUUUCGGCUGGUCAGUUCAUGCUCCAACAUCCCGUCGUACAACUCUUUGCGGUACACUUGACUACCUUCCACCAGAAAUGAUUGAAGGUUAUGAUCAUGAUAACUCUGUUGAUAUUUGGAGCCUUGGUGUCCUCUUAUACGAAUUCUUGGUAGGUGAGCCACCGUUUGAGACAGACUCUCAACGCAACACAUGCCGUCGUAUCAUUAAUGUUGAUAUCCGCUUCCCAUCAUUUGUUACCCCUCUUGCUCGCGAUUUGAUCUUACGUUUCCUCCAGAAGGAUCCAGCUAAGAGAAUGCCACUUUCUCAGGUCCGUUCCCAUCCAUGGAUUGUUCAACAGCUUGGCCCGGCACCAAAGUAA